CUUAAUUUUGGACUGCUGUUUGAGUAGCUCGACGUAAGGACAGCGCGGUGUCUAUUUGGUGUGUAGCGCAUACAGAAUCAGUCCGGAUCCAUUAUCUUCAAUAGAAGUUUGACAAAACGCCAAGAUGUCUGCAUAUGAUGAAGAAGAAUCUAAGUUUAUGCGAAAGGUGAAGGAGAACCCUUUUGUCCCAAUAGGAAUGGCAGGAUUCUUUUCCAUUGUGGGCUACAGACUUUACAAGUUGAAGAGCCGUGGAGACAUGAAGAUGUCAGUGCACCUUAUCCACAUGCGUGUUAUGGCCCAAGGAUUUGUGGUGGGAGCUAUGACCAUUGGUGUCAUUUAUUCCAUGUACAAAGACUACAUUGUGAAGCCAAGAGAAGAACUGAAGGCUUUGCAACAGCAGACUGCAGUUCAACACAAAUAACCUGAUAAAUGAAUAUGGACUCUUUUGGAUUUAUAUUUUGUAUGUCCCCUUAAUAUUACCUCAGUUUGCCAUAAGUUGUAUAUCUACACCUUUCCCACAUAUAACACACCUCUUAAUGUACUAGGUAGUUUUAAGGAAUUAUCACUCACCAAGAAUGUCUACUGCACUCUUUUUAGACGAAGAUGCCAUGCCUUACCUCAACUCAGGUUUGAGUCUCCAUAUCCUCAAAAUGUGUGUGUUUCCUGAGGGUUGUCACUUUGAUGAGACAUAGAUAUGAGCCAACUGUAACUACCUGAGAUGGUAUUGCAUCUUAGUGACACACAAAACAUGACGUAUGAGAUUAUUGUGAAUGCAAGUCUGUUGAAGGUACGUGGUUGACGAGGACAAUUGGUAAUGGAAACUCACAUUCUAAAAAAAAAAAAAAAAAAAUGUUUUAGAUUUUAGGAGAACAAUAUUUUGGGAUAGGUCACAGGAUGUUGUAUGAAAUAUUUAUUGGAUGUUAGUUACAUCUGGUUAUCAAAUAAGGAGCAAACAGCCAUUUGAUUGCUAUAAAAUGGGUACUCUUACCCUACGAGAUCCGAAGCCUGCUGGUUCUAUUCUACCUGACAAUUAAUUGCAUGCACCUAUUGUCCCAGCCUCUGAUUAAAGGGGAACAAUUAAAAAAUACAGUGAAACUGGCUUUGAGUUUGAGGGCUAUAUAACAUGCUCUGGAUCAGCGAAGGCUAUUUUUAUUUUAUUUAUUUCACCUUUAUUUAACCAGGUAGGCAAGUUGAGAACAAGUUCUCAUUUACAAUUGCGACCUGGCAAUUGCGACUGCCUAUUGGGUAUUUGAGUUGAAGUGACUGUGUUGGUACAAGACUGCCAGCUGUUAUUAGGACACAGGUCUUGCUCAACCACCACUAUUCCAAUCGUCACUCUGAAUGCUUUUCUGGAUUUCCUUUGAAGGGUAUUUUAUUGUAUUUGUUUUAUUUUAUUGGUUGAUUGUUACAUUAUUUAGAUUCACUCUAUUAUUAAAGCUGCAAUGUGUAACUUUUUGGGUGACCUGACAAAAUUCACAUGGAAAUGUGAGUAAUCGAUAUGUCACUCAUUGACAGCAAGUCUAGCUGUAGAUCUGUUCUAUGUGCACUAUUUCUAUGCUUUUCACUUUUAAGUUUCAUUUUUGUGACUUUUACUUUCGAUUUUGUGCACCAGCUUCAAACAGCUGAACAUACAAUAUUUUUGCCUAUGUGAAAAUCCACAGAGGCAAGUGAUUUUCCUCCAAAAGGGUACAUGCAAAUCUUCUGGCCAUGAAACUCUUGUUCCUGAACGAAGGUCCAAUGUGGAGCUGUUCACAGCAGUUUAGACGGUACAAUGAUUCUCUACACUAUACUUGCUUGUUUUGUCACAUAAACUGAAAUUGGACAAACUAUUGGAAUUUUUGCGAUUUCUGCAUAGUAAAUCUUUAUGUAUUGUAUUUUACCAAUGAAAAAUAUGUGUUGCACCUUACUAUUGUCAAAUAGCCUUUACUUAUGAGUGCAAUAAAGCAACCCCUUAAUAGGUGGUAGUGACCUGUGACCUGAAAAUAGGAGAGGCUGCCUAAAUCUACCUAAAUCAGGAUCUCAAAAGAGAUCCUUAUGUGAUUUUUGUUUUCUGAUAGAAGCUUAAUAAAUUGAUAUUCUGUAAUAAAAUGGUCUCACAUA